AUGGAGGAUCAGAAGCAGAUGAGUUUUAGCUUUGAGAUAGAUAACUUCUCCGACAAGAAAGGUCUCAUACGAUAUCCAUUAUUCUCAAGCGGCGGCUGCGAAUGGUAUGUUGAAGUUUAUCCCAAAGGAGAUGAUAUUGUUGAUGAUCACUUGUCUCUGUACCUCCAAGUUGCGAAUCCUGAAUCAUUGCGACUUGGAUGGAAAAGACGAGCUACUUAUUCCUUGAUUAUUUUGAAUCGAUCAGGCGAAGAGCUCUUCAAAGAAUAUGUGUUCUGCGCUCAGUUCUCAGGAUGUGGUUUUCCAAAGGCCUUGCCUCUUAAAAAGCUUCAAGAAAAAGGGUUUCUGGAGAAGAACAAACUGGUUGUUAGAGUAGAAGUUAAAGUAGAUGAAGUUGUUGAUGAAGGAGAUGCCACUGAGAAUGAGACGUUCAAUUACGGAGGUUUCCAAGUUCUAUAUUCUCAGGUUGUUUCACUGAGCUGGAUUGUCGAGGAGCACCCUGACUUUGCAGUAAAUGUCACACAAAAGAACCAACGGAUGAAGACAGCAUACAUUAAUAUCCUCCUUGAUCUUAUCGAGACACUGAACAAGCCUCCACAUAGCAUCACCCAGACUGAACUAAGCAACGCUCAGAGUGAGUUGAUCGAUCUAACAGAAGCCGGAUUCAAGUUGGACUGGUUGGAGACAAAGCUUGAUGAAGUUUUCUUGGAGAGGAAGAAAAUGAAUACUGCUGAUGGGUCGGACCUUAAAGAUGAGCUGAACAAGGAGAUUGGAAAAUCUGCUGCUAAAGUUUCGUCCAUGGAGAAUUUUAAAGAUGAGUUGUCGGAUCUUAAAGAUGAGCUGAACAAGGAGAAGAGCAAAUCUGCUACCUGUGCUGCUAAAGUUUCAGAUAUUGAAAAAGAGGUGUGGGUUCUUAGAGAUGAGGUGUCGGAUCUUGAAGAUGUGUUGAACAUGGAGAAGGGCAAAUCUAAUACUUGUGCUGCUGAAGUUUUGUCGUUGAAACAGACUGUGUCGGAUCUUGAAGAAGAGGUGUGGGUUCUUAAAGAUGAGGUGUCGGAUCUUAAAGAUGUGUUGAACAAGGAGAAGGACAAAUCAGACACUUAUGCUGCUAAAGUUUUGUCGUUGGAGCAGACAGUGUUGAAUCAGACAGUGUUGAAUCUCAGAGCUGACCUGAAGGAGGAGAAGGGUGUUGUUUCCUCUUGGGAAGUAUUGGAUUACGCAGAUCUCCAUAAUGAAAAGUAG